UCUGUGGAGUGCAUGUGCGUGGUGUGAUGAGAGACAGAGUGGAAGGAACGUGGUGAGGUUUAGCUAAAGAAUUCGGCCUGUUUUGUUGGGUUGCGUGCGGCAAUGUGUGAUAGCAUUGUUUGUAGUGUUAUUAGCUGCAAAUAGCAUAUUUUAUUUUUGUAAAUAGACGUCAUUCAAUUUGCAAAGGUGUAGAUUUUGGGUUGCUUUUUUGUUUUUGUUUUGCAGACUCUAGCCAUAUGCUAAUUUGCUAAGUAGCUAGUUAGCCUUGCCCUUGUCAGCUAGCGGUAUUGCUGUUGUUCUUUUUAGUUUGCCCAUCGUUGACUGAGAGCGCAGUGUUGCAUCUGGUCAGUAGUCGCCGACUCCUACUGUGAAGAUGUCCGCGGGCUGUCAGAAGACUUUUAGCCGAGCCAUCCCGGCUACCAGGCGGGUGACCAUCAAUGACCCUGCGCACAUGCCGCAGGAUUACUCCACAACACCCGGAGGGACACUGUUCAGCACAACCCCCGGAGGCACCCGUAUAAUCUACGACCGUAAGUUCCUGCUGGAGUGCCGCAGCUCCCCGUUGGCCAGGACGCCCCCCCAGUGCCUCCCAGACAUUCCAGGGGUGACCAGCCCCGCCAACGCCCACAUCAACAACGACAAGGGCUCCCCGAAACCGGCGCUGAACAGCAAGCACACCGCCCCCGCGGACAAGGGUGCCGGGGACGACGCACAGUUUGAAAUGGACAUCUGAGCUGGUGCAGGAAAGGUGGAGACGGCUUUGAUUCUGGAAGCAAUGAAGACCGUGAAAGAGGAAGAGUCAACUGGAAAUGGGUGCUCACGCCAUGUACUUCCCGCCCUUUCCCCAGCACUUACCCAGCACCUCCCCCACCCCAAAAAAGAAAAAAAAAGAUUCAGCCAGACACCCAUCCACCCACCCCCAACCUUUCCUGGCCCUCUUCUCUGAUACUACUGAAAUAAUCCCAUCACCUCUGCUGCUGUCAGGAAUUAAGAUGCGCACACACCUACCCUCCCCUCCCCCUCCCCCCCAUACACCACACCUUUCCUAAAUCCACUCCACACCACACCUUCUCUAAACCCAGAGCCAGAUAGGAGAUGCCAAACCAGCACACAACUCCUACCCCCACCCCCCUCCUCACCCCACUAGCCCUUCCCCAUGCCGUCCGUCAUACUCCCCGGUUGUCUCACGAGCGACUGUACCUUACAUCAGGGCUGCCCAUCCCUGUUCCUGGAUAUCUACUGUCCUGUACUUUUUCCACUCCACCCCUAACAAAGCUCACCUCAUUACUCAUUAAAACAGCUAGAGAUUUCGCUCAGUUGCUUAGUUCGUAGAGUCAGGUGUGCCAAACUAGGGUUGAAAUGAGAACCUACAGGACAGGGUUGGGCAGCCCUGCUGUGCAUCCCUUCGGUUUCAUCUAUUGCCGUGACUCUGUGUGGACACUAGAGGGCGUAUCACCCGUCUCACUAUCACCUGUCUUCACUGUCCGUCCUCAGAGCCUUGAGCACACUGGGUAUUGUGUGCCCCUGAACACUACAUGAUGUCAUCAACAGUAGCAGUAACUGCCCCUUAGUCAGUGGUUGAGGGCAGAUUACCCACAGUGCUCUUCUGAGGGGUCUGUCCAUCUGUCCUGCUAGCUCCGUCUGUCUGUGUUACUGGCGAGCAGCAAAUUAGUAAAUGGAAAAAAAAAAUCUAUUAAAUAUCCAUUGUUAUUAUAAUGGAGUUAAUAUCAACUGUGACAGAGCCAUGGUAUUUUGUACCAAGCCGGAAUUAAGUACUUAAAUAAGCUACUUAUUUAAAUUGAUCUGUUUUCUCUCGGUUUUGAGACAAGUGCCUGUAUGGGUACACCAUAGACUGUUUUAUUCCAGAAUUAACAACCCAUAUUAUUCUCCUCAUCUUCCUCUUUUUCAUCCUCAUUGUUUCAAAUUUUAAUUCUGUUUUUCUUAAAACCAUGGCCUUCCUCACCUCCCAACAAUGUUGCCUAUGUAAUAUUAGUUGUUUCCUGUAAUUUAGCAAAAAUUAUCUUUUCCACCCAAAGUGUCAUACUUCAGAAUGUAAGAUACCUUUUUGCCUGCUCCGUUGAAGCAGUGGAAUUUACACACUGAGAAACGAAGACAUUUUACAAGGUUGUACUGACAGAUAAGGAGAGGAAUUCGAUACGGAAAAUAAAACAUUGGCGUAAUUUUG